AGGAGGAGGAGGAGGAGAGCAGCUUUUUUGCCAUAGCGCCUAAUGCUUCGUGUCUGGAAGGAAAAGGUCUAUCUCUGAUCAAAUUUCAGGUAACCUAAGGGCACACUUAACUAAUGGGAUCCUAUCGAUGUUUCUCCCCCUCCAAGCCUGAUCUUUACACGGCGGAAUGUUAAUGUUGCCACAGCCUGGCCGUGUUGUCUUUGGCUGCUCUGAGUCUGGCUUUAUUGAUGUUGUCGGUCUAUAAUGUCAUGGAGCUUGACGGAUAUGAUUUAAACAAAAACGCAGUAAAGCAACACUCCUGUGACUGACUGGACUAUGGAAGUGAUCGGGUUUACUCUGCACAUGUGUGAGGAGAAGUGUGUGUCCCAUGUUGCAUUAGUGUCUGUGUGAAAUGCUGGCCUGUCUGCCAGGGCCAGGUGACCUCCCCCUUCAGCUUCUCCCCCACACGCAGAUGAACACUGGACAUCAGAAAUGGGACACCACACAAAGGAUGAGAUCUGCUCCGUUUCCAACCCCUGCGGAAUUGGAUGCGUAUGCUAAGAAGGUUGCCAACAACCCCCUCACCAUCAAAAUCUUCCCCAACAGCGUCAAGGUGCCGCAGCGAAACCACGUGCGCCGCACAGUCAACGGGCUGGAUACGUCAGGCCAGCGCUACAGCCCUUACCCCUCCUCUCAGGCCAGUGCCAAGACAGGCCUCCUCGCCAUCAUCAAGGUGCCCACAGCCAAAGGCAUCCUAAAGGAUUUUGACGGUAGCCGGGCUCGCUUGCACCCUGAAGUCAUCAUGAACCCCCACACCGGAUCCUACCAAGUGGCUUCGACCAGCACUUUAAACCACCACCCACCUCUGCUGAACCUUACUCGGCUCCCGCAGAGCUUACCCCUCCAACCGCAGGACCCACCUCAGACUCUACAGAUGCCCCUCCCUCAGCAGCAGGGUCACACCCAGAGCCUCAGACACCCUCCCCCCAUGGCCCAGCCCCCUCAGGGCCCACACAGACUUCAGACUCUGUCUCAGCACCCAGCCCUUGGUCACCCACAGGGGCUAUCUACCGUCAUGCUUCAGCAGCAGCACCUUCAGCAGCAGCCCCCACCUGGCCUGCAGGGGAGCAGAAAGCUGCCAGACGGCGAUGCACCGCCUAAUGUUACUGUCUCUACCUCAACCAUUCCACUCUCCAUGGCUGCCGGGCUGCACCAGGGCCGCCAGGCUGACCUGAGCACCAUCGUGCAUCAGAUCAACCAGUUCUGCCAAGCUCGGGCCCAAGGUGCAGGAGCCACCUCCAUGUGUGAGGGCCAGAUCGCCAACCCCAGCCCUAUCAGUCGCAACCUGCUUAUCAGCGCCUGCUCCAGGGUGUCCAUGCACAGUAACCCUGCCACCCCUGGCUUUCCCCCACCCAACUGCAUUAUGGGCUCUCAAGAAAAAGCCACCGCCCCGUUAGGAGCUCACCCCCCACACAGUGUGGCAAUUAUGAACCACUUGCCUUCCAACCACACUGAUCUCAAGCAGCAGCACCACAUGCUGCAUCAACAACAGAAUCAGCAGCAACAACAGCUACAACGUAACGCGCAGCAGCAGAAGAUGCGCUCUUGGAAUCAGCACCAGUUGGCUCACGUACCCCACAUUCAGAACGGUGGGGGCCACCUCUGCAAGCAGCCUUCCAGGGACCCCGCCUUCCAUUUUAACGGCAUGGGCUACCCUGCAGAGGUGUGUGUGGGUCAGCCUUACACACUGAAACCUCCCGUAGAGAGGCCCACCCCCUCCCCCCCUGUCAACAACGGUAUGCCCGGCCCCAUGGCCCACUACACUAAUGGUCACUACUUCCAGUCCCACAUUUGGAACAGCAGCAUCCUACCCACACCCAACAGUGACAGCUCCGGGUCUCAGGACAUAGCCAUGCCAUUCCACGGUGCGGGCCCAGGGGGGUGCACCACACUAGACUGUGGGCCCCCUGGGGCUCCCCAUUUCAGGCUAGGAACGAGCUCCUCCACCUCCUCCGCCCAGUCUAAUCUGAUGCAAACAGCAGAUUACUUGGGUGGGGACUUCCAGACGCCCUACUUCCGCGAUCAGAAUCUAGGGUUGAUGGGCAAGAUGCACAGGCCUCCUCUGAGCAGGGUAGGUCCAGAGGUUGGGGAUGGUAGAACUGCUCUCAUCCAGCACCCAGGGUACAGAUAAGCUAUGGCCUUGUCUACACAACAGUUAUCAAAACCCCGUUGUUUAGUCUUAAGAAAGGAAACACAUGAAUAAAACGGCAUUGAUAACUUAAACAAAUGACCGCUAAUGUUAAAGAGGGUCAAUUAAUAUAUUUAAAGGAGAACAGUAGGGGGGGGGGGGGGUUUGGUUCAUUUUUUUUUUUGUUAAAACUAAAUCUUGCAAGUGAUCAAUUGCUACUGUUGUUUUUGUUAAUGAGUGCUAUUACCUGGCACUUUAGGGAACUUUUAUGUGCGUGUGUAUACACAUCUGUACUGUCAUUCCCUCCUUCCUCUACUGUAUCUGUGUGCCUGGGUCUGACCAGAUCCUGCGUUAUUUCUACUUCAGACCUAUCAGUAGCAGUUUCUUAUGCAUGUAAGAAAGAAGAAGAACAGAUAGAUCCCUCACUGAA